AUGGAGGAUAGGACCAGAUUCCAGGCAUUUGCCAACAAGCCAAGGGUGUUCAUUCUCACGGACAUCUCGAAUGAACCGGAUGACGCCGAAUCCCUCGUCCGUUACCUCCUCUACUCGAACCAGUUUCAAACCGAAGGCCUCGUUGCUGUCACAUCUACGUGGAUGAAAAAUAAGGUGUGCCCGCAAGAUAUUUAUAAUAUUCUCGACGCCUACGCCGGAGCCGUCGGAAACCUCAACAGACACACACAUCCCGAGUCUCCAUACCCAUCAGCCGAUAGCUUGCGAGCUCUGGUCAAAUCUGGCCCACCGGUGUAUGGUUUCGCCGGCGUUGGCUUGGACAAGCCUUUGACCGAUGGCGCGCACCUGCUCCUUGAGAGAAUCGAGGCUACUGUAGAAGAGCCACUCUGGGUUCUCGUUUGGGGCGGCACAAAUGUCUUAGCUCAGGUCCUAUUGACUAUCCGCGACCGAUACUCUGCCGAAGAAGCGGCCAAGUUACGGGCGAAGCUGAGAGUAUACACUAUCUCCGACCAAGACGAUACCUCUGCCUGGAUCCGCACCCAGUUCCCUGACAUCUUCUAUAUCUCUUCUAUCCACGGCUGGAACCAGUACGGUCUUGCCGCCUGGACCUGCAUUUCUGGAGACAAAUACUACGGCUUCGACGAGGGUGGCCCGGGCUUUUCCAGGCGAUGCCGGCCAGCAGGGAAACAUUAUAGCGAUAUGUCUGACUCCGUUGUUGGUUUCGACAGUAAGACAUACCGCUCAAACCAGGCCACGAUCUGGCGAUGGCGUGACACUUUCCAGAAUGAUUUUGCGGCCCGCAUGAAGUGGUCUCUUAACCCCGAUCUAGAGUCAACCAACCACCAUCCAGUUAUUGUUGUCAAUGGUUCUAGAAGCCUAACGCCGUUACGUUUUGAAGCAGAAGCUGGUUCGGUCAUCGAGCUGAACGCUUCGGAGACAUAUGAUCCCGAUGGAGACAAGUUGACCUUCAAAUGGUGGCAGUAUCGUGAGCCUAGCGCUACACAAUGGCUAGUGCAUUACGAAGUCUCGGAGCUUGAAAUCGAGAAGUUAGACCCCGAAGGAAAGAAGAUCAAGGUGACGUUGCCAGGGCCGGAGAAGUCGUGUAUGGAUUUGAUCAGCCGGCAGCCUUUAUCAAAAGGUCAGUUGCUGCACCUGAUAUUGGAGGUGACUGAUAGUGGAACGCCUGCUUUGACGAGCUACCGUCGGGUAUUGAUUCAAACUACGAAUAAGGGUUUGAAAGGAGGUCACCCGCUUAGGAAAGGCGCAGAGCUAAAUGCAAUCGGCGAUGCUAUGAAGGAUUACAUUGGCUGA